CCACAAAUUUCACAAUGUGUGCUGCUCUGAAGCGGUUGUGUUACAUUGGAUUCCAUGUUCUUCAGGGUCAACAGCUGGCCAGUCACCUGGUACAAAGGUUUGGCUUUGAACUGUUUGCUAUACGGGAAGCAGAGAGGAAGAGGCAGCAGGCUUUCCGAAGAGGAGAUGCUAUUUUUGUUGUCAAUGAAGAGCAGGAGCUGACUGGGAAAAACUUUUCAUCUUCAGAUUUACCUUCAGACUGCUGUAAGCAUAAAGGGAUCCUGUAUGAUGUGAACCUGCAGUACAGAGUGAGUACAGCGUCCAAUAUUUGCUUUGAGGUAGACGAUGUCCCUGGCAUCUCCCGAAAUCUACAAGAGAAAGGCUGCAAGAUCCUUAUUCCUCCCUCCACUGAAGCAGAUGAAAAUGGCUUUGUUACUUACUCUGUAGUGAGAUCCAUUGUGGGCAACGUAUGCCAUACUCUUCUUGACCGAUCCCAGUAUGGUGGGCCAUUCUUGCCUGGUUUCUAUGAAGUUGAAGUUGCUCCCAAGAAAUGCCAGAAGGAGAAGGAGACCGUACAUUUUGACCACAUCACCUAUGCCUGUCCGCAAGGUAGCUCACAGGCUGUGCUGGACUGGUACAAAAACUGUUUUGGUUUCCAGCGCUUCUUCAUCCACCAGCAAGAUGACGCUGUAGAAGGCUUUCGAAUUCAGGGGGAAGACAUAGGCCUUCGUCUUACCGCCAUGCAAUACAGUGAUGAUCGAUUGUCACUCUUUGAGCAUGACUGUAAAUUUGUUCUGGCAGAGUCACUGCCAAGGCAAAGGAUGGGCCAGGUGGACACUUUCUUACAGCAGCAUGAAGGCGCUGGCAUCCAGCAUGUGGCCCUUUAUAUCACAGACAUUGUAAGUACUGCUGCAGCCAUGGCAAAGUCAGGAGUAAGCUUUUUCAAACCACCGGUAUCAUAUUACAAUGAGAAAAGCAAAGAGAAGGAGAUACAGCAAGUUGGGCAAGAUCUUCAGCUCCUGAAAGACUACGGCAUCCUUCUUGAUGCGACAAUAGACGACGAAGGACAGGACGACAGCCCUAGCAUGCUUGAGAAGCAAUACCUGAUGCAGAUCUUCACUAAACCUCUUUUUACAGAAGAGACCUUUUUCAUAGAGCUCAUUGAACGCCAUGGGGCUGCAGGUUUCGGCGAGAGAAAUGUCCGUGCGCUUUGGAAGUCUGUACAGGAUUAUAUGGAUCGGCAGCAAGGACCCACUCUACUUGAGAACGAAGCAUGACAAAAUGUUUAUUU